AAGAGAGAGCAGGUAUCAAGCUUCUUUCUCUGUUUUAAAUGCUUUUGUUUUGAUUCAACAAGUCUGACGUGAGCCCCCUCCCUCUCUUUCUUUUCCCUUCCCUUUCGGCUUUCCCCUCCUUCUCCUUCUACUUAUAUCCACUUCUUCUUCUCUUUUCUUCUCCAUUCCUUUCAUUCUUCCAUUUCCUCAAAAAAUGGCCCAAUUUUGCUUCUUUUUCCUUCUUCUUAUCUCUGUUAUUUUCGUCCCCUGUGCUUUCUCUCGCUCCUUUUCAUCUUCAAAUCCACACUCCCAAAGCUUUGACGUAACAGAAUUCAUUAAGAAAACUGUUCAAGUUCUGUCUCCUACUUCUCAAACUUUUCAACAAGAAGCUAUUAGAAGUACCCCUUCUAAUUCUUCUUCAAUCUCUGUUUCAAUUUAUCCUCGUUCAGCUCUAGUUAAGCCACGUCAUAAGGACUAUGAAUCCCUCACUCUCUCUCGACUUGAACGUGACUCGGCUCGAGUUUCCUCACUGACCAUGAAACUCACCCUCUCACUCACCAACUUUACUCAUUCUGAUCUCAAGCCGGUUCAAACCAUGUUGCAACCCGAAGACCUUCAAACUCCUAUUACUUCAGGAGCAAGUCAGGGCAGCGGCGAGUAUUUCACUCGGCUCGGGUUUGGCCAACCGGCUAAGGAAUUCUACAUGGUUUUAGACACUGGUAGUGACAUCACGUGGCUUCAAUGUGAGCCGUGUUCCGACUGUUAUCAGCAGUCGGAUCCAGUUUUUAACCCGUCGGGUUCUUCCACUUACAGUCGGGUCUCUUGUGAUGAUGCUCACUGCUCUGCUCUUGAGGUCUCCGCUUGUGGUACUAACGCGUGUCUUUAUCAGGUCUCGUACGGUGACGGCUCGUUUACCGUAGGAGAGUUUGCUACUGAAACAGUGUCGUUUGGGAACUCUGGUUCUUUCUCUAAAGUUGCUAUAGGCUGUGGCCAUGAUAAUGAAGGACUCUUCGUCGGCGCCGCUGGUUUGAUUGCUCUAGGUGGCGGCACUUUAUCUCUACCAUCUCAAAUCAAAGCGUUGUCGUUUUCCUACUGCUUCGUGGACCGUGACUCUGCUUCGUCGUCAACGCUGGAUUUUAACUCGGCACGGCCCGGUGACUCCGUAAUUGCUCCCUUACUCCGUAACUCGAGAAGGAGCACUUUCUUCUACGUCGGACUUACUGGAAUCAGUGUCGGCGGCCAGAUGUUGUCGAUUCCAGCGUCGGUGUUCCAGGUGGACGGAAGUGGAAAUGGCGGGAUCAUCGUGGACUCCGGUACGGCGGUGACUCGGUUACAGACCACCGCUUACAAUGCUUUGCGUGAUUCCUUCGUGAAAUUCACUCAGAAUUUGCCUUCCGCCGGGCAAUUCGCCCUGUUUGACACUUGCUACGACCUGUCGUCUAUGAAGAAAGUGACUGUUCCGACGGUGGCGUUCCAUUUCACCGGAGAUAAAACGCUGUCGUUGCACCCGAAGAAUUACCUGAUACCGGUGGACUCGUCGGGGAAAUUCUGCUUGGCUUUUGCUCCGACGGAAGGGUCGCUAUCUAUUAUUGGAAACAUACAGCAGCAAGGGACACGUGUCAGUUAUGACCUGGCUAACAACCUCGUUGGAUUCAGUCCCGACAAAUGUUAGAAAAUUAGUAGUAAUUCCGUAUUAGUACGUAGAAACUUUGUGAGGAGAUAAAAGAAAAUUCGUAGCUGCUUGUUUUACAAAUAUUAAUUAAUGGUUGUAAUUUGUAAAAACUUAAAAAGCAGAACUUUGUUUGAAAAAAAAGAAGAGAAGAAAUGAAAAGAAAAGGGAGAAAAUAAAGAAGUAUAUAGGUGGCUCCAUAAUGAAAUACUACUAAUUAAGUUAUGGAUGGUAGGGUUACUCUUUCUUUUAAAUAAAAAAAAAAAACUCUGUAUGAAAUUAUGGUGUAGUAUUUCAAUACUCACAGGAAAGUGUAAGGUGAGAGAUUGAAUAGUAGUAGUUGGAACUUGGAAAUGAUUGUAUGCCUGUAAUUAAUAUGAAUUGUGAAGUAGCUCUAGAAAGAGCCAUUGGCUGGUGAUUCUCAUAAAUACAGUAGCCAACUUCUACCACCAAAUUAAUUCAUGACCCAUAAUAUCUA